AUGGACGGUGCUUCUCCCCAUGUGCUCAUAGUCGACAAUUCCCGUGUUGAUUGCCUUGUUGCAUCCAGGAUCUUACAGAGUUGUGACAUUCGAGUUACGGUUGUGGAGGGUCCCAAGCAAGCAUUGAAGUUCUUGGAUGGGGAACAUGAUGUGAACUUGAUUUUAACUGACUGUUGUAUGGCCGAUAUGACUGAUUGUGAUCUACUUAUGGCAGUGAAGGAAUCACCCAAGUUGAAGCACAUACCAGUGGUGAUUGCAUGCUCCGACAACAUCCCUGAAAGGAUCAACAAGUGCUUGGAUGGAGGAGCAAAGCAUUUUAUCCUAAAGCCUGUCAAAGUUGGCGAUGUUCCUCGCAUUCUGAGCUAUAUUUGA